GACCAACUAUAUGACGGUAAGGACAUAUAUGGACCAAUUAUGUGACGAUAAGGACAUAUAUGGGCUAAAGAAUUAACAAAGGACAUAUAUGCACAAUUUCCUAUACUAGAAGGGCAUAUUUGGACCUUUUCAAGCAUCAUGAAAUUAACGCUCUUUUGGCUGUAUUCUCGACCCCAAUUUCCCAUUACAGUCGUCAUUACCCAGAAUUUCCCCAUUGAUACACUCAUUCUGAAAAGAAAAGGGAAGAUUUUCUUCUAGAAGUUUCUGGUCCUUUUACUGUGGGUACUGAGCUUCGCUGACCUGAGUGGAAGGAACUUGAUGGGCAAGACGAAAUCGGAGAAGCGGGACAUUGCUUCUUACACUAUAAAUGGCACCAACAAAGUCGUAAGACCUGGUGAUUGUGUGUUAAUGAGACCAUCAGAUUCUGAUAAGCCACCGUAUGUGGCAAGAGUAGAGAAUAUUGAGGCUGACCAUCAAAACAGUGUGAAGGUACGAGUACAAUGGUACUACCGUCCUGAGGAGGUUGCUGGUGGUUGCAAACAGUUCCCCGGGACAAAGGAGCUGUUUUUGUCAGAUCACUAUGAUGUGCAGAGUGCACACGCUAUUGAAGGAAAAUGCAAAGUGCACUCAUUCAAGAACUACACCAAAUUGGAGAACAUGGGCCCUAAGGAUUACUUCUGUAGGUUUGAGUACGAAGCUGCCACAGGAGAGUUUACUCUUGACCGUGUUACUGUGUAUUGCAAGUGUAAGAUGCCCUAUAACCCAGACGAUCUCAUGGUACAGUGUGAAGAAUGCAAAGACUGGUUCCAUCCCUCUUGUAUGGGAAUGACGAUUGAAGAAGCCAAGAAAUUAGACUAUUUCUUGUGUUCUGACUGUUCAUCAGAACACGAUGCGGCACAACCUCUGAAUACAGUCCAUGUUUCACCAUCUCGUGAGCUAAAGGUACCAAUCUUGGGUGCACUACCUCCAAAUCCCAACCCACUCAUGUUUCAAGGUAGGCAUGAGCAGAAUGAGCAACUUAAUCAGCAAGGACAAUCCCAAAUGGAUGGUUACAUGAGUGCUAUUGUACCACCACGCAUUGGGGCUGCCAGUUUUAGCUUGAAUCCAGUUUUGUUAGAAAUUUUGAAGGACGAACGUCUAUUUGGUGGGCUUCACCAUGAGGAUCCGUAUCGUCAUUUGCGGAAUUUUCUCGCAGUAUGCGCGCUUCAACAUCAGUAUGACGUUUCUGAGGAUGCUCUUCGGUUACGUUUAUUCCCUUUCUCACUUCAAGGGGAGGCUUCAGAUUGGUUGGAUAAUCUUCCAGCCAUGUCUAUCUAUACUUGGGGAGAGUUAACAAAGGUAUUCCUUGCAAAGUACUUUCCUCCCGCUAGGACAGCUGAAUUGAGAAUGGAUAUUCUUCAAUUCAAGCAGAAACCGCAUGAAUCAUUGCAUGAAGCAUGGGACAGGUACAAGCUUUGCAUAAAGAAAUGUCCUAAUCAUGGGUGUCCCGAUCAAUUACUUUUGGAAACCUUCUACUUGGCUUUGGAUAAAGUUACAAGGUCCGUGGCGGAUAAUGCAGCAAAUGGAGCUAUCAUGAAUCUCUCGGUUCAAGAUGCGAGAGUCAUAUUAGAUAGGAUUUCGGAUAAUGCUCAUGCAUGGCAUACAUGGGAGAGGGAGGACACUCCCACAGCAAGUACGGCAAGUCAAAUGGCAAGGGAUGACACCAUGGCGCAACUUGUGACUCAAGUGGGGCUUAUUUCCAAACAACUUGCCGAGAUGGGGGUCAAGAAGGUCAAUGUGGUUGAUGCCACAAGGGGACAGUUUAUUAAUUCUUUACCCAAUGUGUGUGCUCAUUGUGCAGUGCAAGGAGUGACAACCCAAGAGCAUUGCCAUCAUUCUCCAGAGGAGGAAGCGAAUUAUGUUGGAAACUACGAAGGUGGCAUGAAUCAAAGGGGUAAUUAUCAAGGUGGUCGUCCAUCCCAAUCUCAGUGGCGACCACCCCAACAAUGGCUAAACAAUCAAGGUUGGAAUCAAAACACUCAAGGAGGUAAUUGGGGAGCCGGUACUUCACAAGCAUCUAAUGCACUAAGGCCCUAAGUUGCUCGGACUUGGGUGCGGGUACCCGACCCGAGUAUCGGAUUCGGGGGUGCGGAUCCGGAUAUGGAUAUGGGUGUGGGAAUUCGGCUAAUAAAAAAUAGAGCUAUAAAAAUAUUGUAAAUUUUGAGAGAUAUAAUGUGAAAAACAUACAUGAAUAUUGUAGAAUUCAAUCUUUCAUUCUCCAAGAUGGACAUUAUUCUUUCAUUCUCCUAAA